GACAUGAAGGUGUUCGUAGUCACGCUCGUGCUGGCGCUCGUUGCCACCGCAUACGGCGGUUACAUAAGUAGCGGCGGUGGAUACGGCGGCGGCGGCGGCGGCGGCGGCGGCUACGGUGGCGGCGGCUACAGCGGCGGUAGCGGCGGCUAUGGCGGUGGAGGUUGGAAAUUCGGCGGAGGGGGCGGUGGAUACGGCGGCGGUGGCGGCGGUUACGGCGGCGGCGGCGGCGGUGGAAAAAUCAUCAAGGUGAUCACGCUCAGCGGCGGUAGCGGCGGUUACGGAGGCGGCGGUUACGGCGGCGGCGGUGGAGGUGGAUGGAAAUUCGGCGGCGGCGGCGGCAGCGGUGGAUACAGCAGCGGUGGAAGUGGAUGGAAAUUCGGCGGCGGAAGCGGCGGAUUCGGCGGCGGCGGCUGGAAAUUGGGUGGCGGUGGUGGAUACGGAGGCGGUGGAUACAGCGGCGGCGGCGGCGGCGGAGGCUGGUGGUAAUGCCCGUGGCAUUCACGAGCAGUCAGAGUGAAAUUCGCGCGCCGAUCAUCCCGCGUGUAUCUUGGCUGUAAGCAUCGAUCGUCAGAUGAGGAAAUCAACCCUUUCCUCGUCGCCUCCCGCACCUCCGCGUCCGCCCACUUCGCCCCUUGUAUCUUCGUCGUCGGCAUCUUCUUCUCUUCAUCGGAGGACCAGGACGAGGCGAAAUCUACGGGACACGUCACGUCGAACGCCCCAAAAAUUCCUCCUCUUCCUCCUUCUCCUUUCCACCACACACCCUCAUCCGGGUAAGAAGAUCCGCGUCGUGAGGAAGCGUCGUGGCGAUACGCACCGUAUGAAACACCACCCUCUUUCCAUUCUCGCCCUUUUUUCCACGGCGCUUACCCUUCACCGAGUUACGGGGGGUAUCUCUCUCUUUCUCUCUGUCUCUCCCUCUCUCUCUCGGAAACAGUGAACGAUAUCGUCGUCCCGCUUCCGGCUAUUCGAACCUGCCGUCGCGUCGUCUGGAGGAAACGACUUCCUUCACGACGGCGCACUUUCUACCCUCGUCCCGCUGUGCAUUCUCCACCCCCUUCCCUACUAUUCCGCCACUCGUCCCGCUCUUCUUCCGUAAUCCGGAAAAUCGGCGGACGUUCCGUUUACGAGCGAAUCCCGCGCCCCGAUAUUUCAAUUCCGCUUCCUCUCUCGCGCGACCUCCCCUGCCGCACUCACUUCCUCCAGACACCUCGUUCGCUCACGUUGUGAGCUCCUCUCCCCGACAGGGAUUGGAAGAGCGUCACGGAGUGAGGCGCCGUUCCGGCACGACAUUUAGCCCAUUAUAUACACGUAGGGACAAUCGCAUGAGGUUUCGCGCACACACUGUCGAAAGAGAGAGAGACAGAGAGAGAGAGAGAGAGAGAGAGAGAGAGAGAGAGAGAGAGAGAGAGAGACAAAGAAAGGAGAGACAGAGAGAGAUUAUAUCUCACAGCACGAUUGAGAGAGCGAGACGAACAACCAACUGCAAAAAAUUAUACGCGAGAAGCAAGAGAAAUGAAAGCGCAGUGACCAAUCAAGUUUAAGCACUCGAAACGUACUACACGUACUUCUCUCUUCUCCUGUUUUUCCACCCUCCUUUCUUCUUUUUUUUUUUCUUGAUCUGGACUGUUUUUGAUUCAACGAUCCACAAUAAACGAAUCAUACUAGUAGAAA